UUGGCCCACUUACGUAAUGCGCGCUCCGGGAAAGGCAUCUUCGGGCCUGCCCAUUUGGCGCCUAUCCUCCUUGUCUCUCACCUCGUCGCUCAACGCCACUGGUCGCCAGCUACAGUUUCCUGCCCAAGUCUUCUCUCUUCAAUCAAACCUUUCUCAAGACACCAUGGAUCCAUACUCCGCGCAGAACUACUACCAGCAAUACCAGCAGCAAUCCUCUGACAUCAAUCCGUACCACCAACCCUAUCAAGGGCCCAUGUACCCCAUCCCCGGGUCGUCGUCUUCCGCUCACCAUGCUCCUGUGCCAGCAAAUGCCUACGAGUACGACGUCGGUAUCCUGGCUCAGCAAAGUGUCUAUGUGCCCGGAGCCAUGAUCGACAAGCGUGGCGGUGCGGGUGGCAAGCUGGCGAAGGGAGGGAAGCGCACGACAGUCCUCCGCAAGGGCGCAGGUAAGGUGUGGGAAGAUCAGACGCUGCUAGAGUGGGAUCCUUCUUGGUUCCGUCUCUUCGUUGGUGAUCUCAGCAACGAUGUGUCCGAUGAUGUACUGGCAAGUGCCUUUAAUCAGUACACCUCAUUCACGAAAGCGAGAGUCAUCCGGGAUCGCCUGAGCGGCAAGGUUAGUAUUUGUGCUUCUUAAAUCAUUGAGUAUAUCUGACUUGGUGGUAGGCGAAGUUUGGCUUUGUGGCC